UUAUAUUAUCAUUGAUGAUAUUGGCUGUGAAUUUUGUUAGUAGGCCUAUAUAAGGGUUAUGUUAUUUAAUUUGUUUGUUGGGAUAUACAAAUUUACUUUUCUGUUAUGACUAGUUUUUAGUUACUUGAUACAGAAUUCUUAGUUUCAUUCCAAAACGCGACUGCUAAUCUAAACUGUUAGAGAAUUACCAGUCAUAAUUGUAUUGUAUUAUUCUUUAGGGUUAUGUUAUUAGUGAGAAGAGAAUAGGUUCAUAAAAUGACAGGAACGUAUUAUUUUGUUAUUGUUGGCCAUGGAGAUAAUCCUGUUUUUGAGACCGAAUUUUCACCUCCUAGCAAAGAUGCCAAGAAGGAAGAUUACCGCCACUUGAACCAGUUUGUGGCACAUGCUGCCUUGGAUUUAGUAGAUGAACAUAUGUGGAAAAAUAACAAUAUGUACCUGAAGAAUGUGGACAAGUUCAAUCAAUGGUUUGUCUCAGCAUUUGUCACAGCCAGUCACAUGAGAUUUAUAAUGGUCCAUGAUAGUAAAAAUGAGGACGGAAUAAAAAACUUCUUUAUGGAAAUAUAUGAAAUGUAUAUAAAAUACUCA